CGCUAUUGUGCGGCUACGCCUCGAGGCAAAAUUAUCCAAGAUGAACCCAGAAGUAGAAGAGGAUUGUGAGGAUGAUUACCAAUCUAAAGAGACUUCCAGCCCCACUGCAUGGAGCUCAUCCGUGGUUAUUAGACGUGCUCAUUCUUUGGUGCCUUUCUCCAAACUGAGACCUAAUGCUGAUCUUAACUGCCCACCUUCCAACUGGCUGAGAUCUGAUAACCUGGCCACCUUCUCCCACCAAACAGCAAGUACUAAUGUUAACUCUGAAGAAAACUGGACAACAGGAGAUGGAACAGAGACUGGCCAUAUUGAGCCAUCGAGUGUUGUGCUGGCCUCUCAUCACCCCAAGGCUGUUGGACACGUGGAUGUGGUAGCUGAUUCUAAGAAUAUCAAGAAACUGCUAAAGCUUCCUUACAGCAACUCGGCGGUAAGUCUGGCUGUUCAUCGAGUUGGCAACAGAACUCUGCUUAUUGAUGACUUCAACGCUCCACUUUUGUUAAACAGAGGCGAAAGUGCUAACUUGGAGAAGGUGCUUCAGGACAGCCCAGCUCCUUUCUCUGUGCAACACUUGCUACCACGCAAGAAGGACCCUGAAAACACUCACCACAGAAACAUGAUGUCCAAGUUCCUUUAUCACAGUUCACAAAAAGAUUCUGGCAAAGCAUUAGUUGAAGUUCAAAAUCGUGUUACUGCUGCAUCAGUUGAUUCAAAAUCAGAUCCCAAUACUGGUCCUACUAAAACAAGUAGGCCUGACGGUGAAACUUCUAAUGCUAAAAAUAAUGCUACAGAUACUUUGGCUGUCAAUGAAACUGAAUGGCUUGGCAGUGGUAAUCCUGAGGAAGAUCUUGUUAGUGUUAAGACUGGAAAACAGGAUAGCAGAAACCAGAGUAUGACGGGUUGUGCAAGUAUUUGUAGUUCUGGUGUUUUAACUUUACCCGAUAAUCAAUCUACCAAUAACUUCCAAGUAAGAAUUAGCAAUUCAGAAAUUUCCCAAACUCUCAUCGAACCAAAUACUCAAGACGACACAAAAAAAAUUGGGUCGGACAUACAUGCACAUCUUUUAUCCGAUAAAGCUUCCAAAGAUUUGCAGCUUAUGUCAGCAGACCCCUCUACCACAGUACCGAUGGUCAAUGCUCCUAUCACUCUGCCCACAAUGAUGCAAGCCUCAACCAUAUCCCCCCGCCAUCAGGACCAACCUGUACCUCACAGCUCAAUGAGAGAAGACAAUGAAUCAAGGUUACCUUGUGACAGGACAGAUUCAACUGAAGUAUCAGGAAGACGAAUUAAAAACACCUUCCCAAACCAACCUUCUCAUCUGUCCCCCCAGCCCUUUCACCUCAACGUGCAAUGGACUGUGAGUGACAUUCGCAUGCUUCUGGGAAGUGAUUUGCCCAUCUUUGGUGUGGAUGGUCAUCCUGCCAUUAGCUUGAAACUCAGGGACAUGCAGAAACCUAUUACAGUACUGACUGGUAUGGACUACUGGCUGGACAACCUCAUGUGCAAUGUACCUGAGCUAGCCAUGUGCUUCCAUGUGGAUGGAAUCGUACAGGAUUAUCACGUUAUCAAAACUGAAGACAUUCCAAGACUGGAUGAGAGUUGUCAGUUCUCACCCGACGAGGUCUUAGAUGUGGUUCGAAACAUACUUGGGUUUCUGAAAGCCAACUGCACUCGUGAGGGCCACACCUACUGGCUAUUCAGGCAAAAAGGAGAGGACGUGGUCAAGCUGUACGACCUCACAUCACUUUAUACAUUUCAGGGAGAUUUGCAAGAGAGCCAUAAUCCAUUUGCCAAGUCUGUGGCUGUACUUUUUUACCGUGUGGCACAUAACAUGCUGAAUGGUGGGGAGGAGCUGACCAGUGAAGACUUGGCAGUGACCAAACUUCUACUUGAGAACUGUAUCAAGCUAAUGGGACGCAAGAACAAAGAGAUAACUCUCUCCGCCUAUUACCUGCUUGCUGACCUGUUUCUGAACAAAGUGUACCUGAGCCCUACCCCCUCUGACAAUGGUCAUCCAACAUCAAGUGAUAAUAAUCCUCUCAGGCAGCAAACAGAACAUAGCAACAACAGCACAAUACUGCCAACAGGGACCACUUUAAAGUCUGUGUCAGUGUCCCUGUUGUGUGAGGGUGGUUUUGGCUUCCCAGUGGAUCAAGAACAUCCUCUGCCCUCACUUGUAGUGGGGAGUUCUCUCGACAGAGCUAGGCUAGCUCUGGAACAAGUUUCUGAGGCUCUAUUGGCUGUGGAUAUUCCCUCGCUUGUGACUGCAGGUGGUACUCCUCCUCCUUGGAAGAUACAGGGCGCAUGCAAACUGUUGUACCAGGCUGGCUCUGCCUAUCUCCUGCUAGCUGAUGUGUCCCUGGGUCAGAAUAAACUAGGACGAGCUCUUAGAUACGGGAAAUACUCUGUCCUCUGCUCUAGUUCAGGCACUAAGCUCUUGUGUAGAGCUGAAACUUUAUCGAUUGGUGAAUCUGUCCUGUGUAACGCCUGGCAAGUGUGUGGGGACAUCCAUUGUCUCAGCACUAAGCUCUCAGAUUCAUUCUUGGCCAACCUGGAGGACUUCCAGUUGGAGAAUCCUGAGGACACUAGUCUCAUUAAUGUGGCUCAGUGUGUGCACAAAUAUUGUGGAGGUAUGGAUGAAAAGGAAAUGGCUUGUCUUUCACUUCACACUGAGUUAGAAACAAGUUUACUCAAAAGCAUAGAUUGCUACCAGUUAGCCCAUUCCAAUGCUCACACCAACGUUCCCCACAUUUUGGAGGAGCGGUUAGGCAAUGCAUGGAACGAAUUAGGAGUCUACUAUCUACAACUGGCAUCCAAUCUUGACUUCAACAAAGACCCUAAAAAUGUUGAAAAGCUUUGGAAGUCAAGCUACUCUUGUAUCAGUGAUGGCUUGGCUCAGUUUAAAAUGACAUCAAAUGUUGUGAACCAGGCUCUACUUUCAGCCAAUCUGGGUAGACUAAUGCGUAGCUGUGCUCAUGCUUAUGGUCUACAGCGUCCAAAAGAGAUAGAGGUCUGUGCCAAACAGGAGAAAAUGUGGGAGUACAGUCAGCAGGAGAAACUCUACUACUCAAAAUCUGUCGAGUAUUACCUUGACGCAAAACUGGUAUUGCGACGUCAGUCUGCUCAUCCUGGUAUAUGGACCAAUGUUGUGCUUGAUCUGAGCAGAGUGUACCUCACCAUAGGAACAAUAAUGCUGAGACAUUCUCCACUCUCCUAUCUCACCCAGCAAGAGAUUUCACAGGAAGUUAGUGAUGUGCUUAACAAAGCACUUUGUAAUGUCGAGCCUGCACUGACCAACAUGGACUCUACACACCCAAGUUACACUGAGUUUUGCAAAGUGGCUGGUGACUGUCAUGCUCGUCUUGGUGAGUUACACCAUCAAAGCUCAUUGUCUUCUUCGUUGAACUCACAGAAGCUGAAGCAGUUAAAAACACUAACUGAGAAACAGUAUGCGAAGGCAUUGAUCAUUUACAAGGUUGAGUGUCACUACUGUGAAGUGUUGGAGUUAUUAUUGGACAAAUCAUAUUAUUUUGAGAAACAUGCACAAGGUAAGACCAGACUGAAGGGUAUCCAAUCAGCGCUGUCCAGUCUCUUACAAGCUGUCGGCCCCCUAAAGAUCAUAAGUAAACAGUCUCUUCAGACCUCACCACUUGUCCACUCACUGUUCAAGCGGCUGGUUGAAGUUGUGAAACAGUUGCUGAUUGCAGCAAAGAAAAGUUGCAGUGAGAACGCUGCUCUGGUUCAAGUCUACAAGCGGAUGUAUGGUGAAAUGUUACAGAGAUCAAAACAAGUUGAAUCUGGUACACAUACUACUACUCAUUUGAUGGAAUUACUGUCAAGGAUGAUCGAAUUCAACACAGAUCUUCAAACUUGAUAUAAUUAUGUUUGUGAAAUCAGAACAAUCACUAAAUGCAGUGGAAUUGUUAAUUUGUCGUG